AUGUUGUGCCCUGAGAGGAGUGUCGCAUCUGUCCGUCCCUCCCCACAGACAGCUCCACCAGCCGGCCAACUUCAACCAACUGCUAACAAGGUCACCAACUCUUACUUUGACUGGCACGCUCCCAUCCGCCAUGUGGCCCGGACACAGGCGCUCGACAUGACGGGCAAUAUUGGAGCCGGUCGCCGCAGACACAGGUGUGACACCAACUUUCUGCCUGAGCCCGAGUGCACGCUGCUGGUCGAGGGCACAGCACCUGGACCAUUGGGCGCAGUAAUUAUCGGGGAGCGCAGCGCCCGCAGCAGCGCGCCAUCUGCUCCAGGAGACGGCUCAAUGAGGUAUGAGCACGCGCCGCUCUCCACCGGGCCACUGCCUGCCUCUGACAUGAGGGCUCGCAUCUGCUCUGAGGAGCGGCCUGCCCAACACAAGCUACACCCUCACCCAAAACCCCCACCCAACUGCACCUCUGCCAAGGAGCACUCCAAUACAGCUCCAAACUCAGAAGCUCAAUACUCCUCUAAUCAGCCCAAGGACAUCUCCUUCCAGACCCUGGGGUGGCCCUAA